AUGGCUGCCAAGACCAAGACCGAUAUCCACUUGUACACCACCGGUACCCCCAACGGCAUCAAGGUGUCCAUUCUCCUCGAAGAGCUCGGCCUGGAGUACCAGGUCACGCCCAUUGACAUCUCAAAGAACACUCAAAAGGUUGGCAUCUCAGAGACCUCCAUUUGUUCAGAGCCCUGGUUCCUGGAGAUCAACCCCAAUGGACGUAUCCCUGCCUUGACCGACAAGUUUGAGGAUGGCAAGACCAUCCGCCUGUUUGAGUCGGGAAGUAUUUUGCAGUAUCUCGUCGACCGCUAUGACAAGGACCACAAGGUCUCUUACUCCUAUGGCUCGCGCGAGUACUGGGAGGUGAACAACUGGCUGCACUGGCAGAUGGGCGGCCUUGGCUACGCACCCGAGAAGAUCCAGUACGGCAUUGACCGUUACACCAACGAGACCCGCCGUCUGUACCGCACCAUGGACACAGCGCUCGCGGCGAACCCCAGCGGCUACCUCGUCGGUGACCGCGUGACUAUUGCCGACAUCACCAGCUGGGGCUGGGUGGCGGCGAGCAAGUGGGCUGGUAUCGACCUGGACGAGUUCCCCGCGCUCAAGGCGUGGCUGUUCAAGCUGGUGGAGAGGCCCGGCUUCGAGCAGGGCCGCCACGUGCCGUCCAAGCACACGGCGCUGGACCACUUCAAGAUGACGGAUGAGGAGCUCGACGAGAAGGCCAAGGGGGCUGCUGCGUGGAUUCAGCAGGGGAUGAAGGAUGAUGCUGCCAAGAAAACAACGCACAACUACGAGUCGCGCCAAAACCGCGAGCUUCAUCAGUCUGGAGACCGUCCUGACACUCAAGCUCAAAUGAGCCGGGAGUUCAAGCCUCCCACUGAUCAUAUUUUUGACAAUUUUGAAACAUUGCCGCUGGUGCAAGUCAAACAUCAUCAAAAAACGGUGUUUGGGAUGGGUUGCAAGCUUCACGAAGGUUCGACCGACCCUUCCUCAUCGGGCCCGCCUGAGUGGCGCCCAAAAAUUCGGACCAAUUGGCUCUCGCCCCUUAGCUGGAGGACAGAAGGCGCCAGGCUGAAAGAUUCCUGUUCAGUGAGGGACCUCCCAUACUAUUGCAACGUCAAAAUGUCGUGGAGAAACCAGGGAAUCACGGGUUCCAACAACAUCCCUUUGGGAAAGCGCCGGUUUGGCGGCGAUGAUGGUGGUGAGGAGGAGUUCCAGGAAGCUCCCCCCAGCAAUGGCAACGGAGAGCUGAAGCGCGGUCGCAGCCCAGAGCCUCGUACCGAUGCCGAUGGCCCUCGCCGCAGAAAGAAGAGAAACCGUUGGGGCGACGCGUCCGAAAACAAGGCUGCCGGAUUGAUGGGCUUGACGACGGCCAUCACGGCGAACAUGACCGGCGAGCAGUUGGAGGCUUACACCCUUCAUCUCCGUAUUACGGAAAUUAGCCAGAAGCUUCGCAUUGACGACGUCGUUCCCGUGGAUGGAGACAGAUCACCCUCUCCUGCUCCCCAGUACGAUAACCACGGUCGCCGUAUCAACACGCGCGAGUACCGAUACCGCAAGCGCCUCGAAGACGAGCGCCACAAGCUCAUCGAAAAGGCCAUGAAGACUAUCCCUAACUACCACCCGCCACAGGACUACCGCAGGCCCACCAAGACCCAAGAGAAGGUCUACGUGCCUGUUAACGAUUACCCAGAAAUUAACUUCAGUGUCUUGUCAGACCUGGCCUUGUUUGGAGACUGGGACCGUCAUAUAACUUGCUUCACCCUUUUGAUACAGACACUAACGCCUAGCUCUCGUCGUAAAGUCGGCUUACUUAUCGGACCCCGUGGCAACACUUUGAAGAAGAUGGAGGGAGAAUCCGGCGCCAAGAUUGCCAUUCGCGGCAAGGGCUCAGUCAAGGAGGGCAAAGGCCGUUCGGACGCAGCUCACGCCAGCAACCAGGAGGAGGAUCUUCACUGUCUCAUUAUGGCCGAUACAGAGGAGAAGGUCAACAAGGCCAAGAAACUCAUUCACAACGUCAUUGAAACCGCCGCCUCCAUUCCCGAAGGACAGAACGAGCUCAAGCGCAACCAGCUUCGCGAGCUUGCUGCCCUCAACGGUACCCUCCGUGACGACGAGAACCAGGCUUGCCAGAACUGUGGCCAGAUCGGCCAUCGCAAGUACGACUGUCCCGAGCGCCAGAACUACACUGCCAGCAUCAUCUGCCGCGUCUGUGGCAACGCUGGACACAUGGCUAGAGAUUGUCCCGACAGACAGAAGGGUGCCAGCUGGCGCAAUGACGGCGCCGGCAGAGCUGACUCGGCUGGCCGCAUUGAAGGCGGAGACGCUGUCGACCGCGAGUACGAGCAACUCAUGCAAGAACUCGGCGGCGGCUCAGCCGGUGGCGCUGCACCUGCACGCAUCGAAGCCGGCCCUGGUUCCUACAAUAACAACGGACCCAGCGGCGGUGAUGCGAAGCCCUGGCAGCGUGGCCCUACCGGCGGACCUGCUCCUUGGCGCAGCCGUAACAACGACUCACGCGAUGAUCGCGAUCGUGGUGACCGUGACCGUGACGGUGGUGGCGGCGGCGGCGGUGGUCCUGCACCUUGGGCUCGCGAUCGCAACCGUCGUGAUGACCACGGAGGCGGCCACGGAGGCGGCCACGGCGGCUACGGCGGCGGUGACCACUAUGGCGGUGGCGGCCAAGGUGGCUACGGUGGUCAAUCUGCUGGCGCUGCUCCCGGUGCCGCUCCCUGGCAUCAGCCUCCCGGAACUCAGAACGGCUACGGUGGCUAUGGUGGAUACCCGGGAUACGGUGCUCCUCCUGGCAUGGCCGCACCGCCAUCUGGCGCCCCUCCGCCGCCUCCUGGUGCUCCUGGUCUUGGAGCUCCUCCAGGUCUGGCUGGUGGCCUCAACGCACUCAUCCAGCAGUAUGCCGGAGGCGCCCCUCCCCCGCCUCCCUCGGACAAUGCUCCUCCUCCGCCUCCCAGCGACCAACCUCCCCCACCUCCCCCUGCUCGCAUCUGCACACCGACUACGUUGACAACUAACGCUCAACUAACAACCAAGGAUUCAUAUCAUGACUUCCAGGGUUGGACAAGUGUUCGCACCUACGCAUCAACGUGUUUUCUCUCUCCUGAGUAUUUGAAGACCCCAGUUCCAAAGCGCUGUAUCGGAGUCGGAUCCGAGUGCUGGAGAGGCAGAAAGUGUAGAGAGUUCAAGAUGACUAGCCACCCAAGCUGUCACCGAAACUCUGUAUCGUGGCGCUACGAUAUCUUGAUGUCCAACACCACUCCAAGUCCAAUCAAAUUUCAACGGGCCAAGAUUGAAGAGAGCCAGUCGCAAGUUUUCUGGGCGAGGUUGCAUAAGUUCCCCGCAUCGAUGACAUUCGCCUUGCAUGUGAAGUGGCAAUACCUAGCAGCAGCAGCCAGCUCCGGCCCACUGCACAUCAUCCCAGGCCAGGAAGGUGCGUCCAGUGUCUGUCCCAGAUCUGGCAUGACGCCUUCCCACACCCUGAGCGCGGCGUUUCUACCUCCAGCCUCCUUCGUCCUUCAUCCCACCUGCAGAACUUCCCUUCUGUCGGCUGACAACUUUGCUCCGUUGCCUUUAUUCGCCUUUAGCCAUUUCUCGUCAGCUUCCUCCUCGCAAUUAUCUAUCGCUUUGCCUUAUCUGAGCUUCCGAGGGUUCGUUCACGCAACCCCUCUACCGAGCAGGCUCCGGCCAUCUCCGCAGCCUUUCCUCCGAGGACAAAGCUGGAAGACUCGGAGCUUCGUAGCCUCUUCGCAUCGUCUGGCAGGACUCGAGAUCGUAUCAGCUACAUUGCGAAGCUUUCUGCGACGCGGUCAGGAGUACUCCAUCGGGCAAUCCCAGCAACAUUCGGUAGCAAUGGCUGCCAAGAACCCAUUCGGGUUCACGACAGGUCCGGUCACCUUCUGGCUGAUUGUCGUCUACGCGGCCUUCCUCGUUCCCCUUGUCUGGAUUCACGAAUCCGUGCCGUCUGUUCCUAGCCACAAUCCUUACACUGGCGUCAAUGUAACCGAGGCAUGGCAGGACUUGACGCACAUCACCAAGAACUACCACCCGUACAACAGCCGUGCCAACGAUGAGGUGGGCGCAUACCUCUUGACCCGGAUCGAGGAGAUCUUGCAACGCAAUGGAGUCGAUUAUUCCAAGGAAAAGGAUGCAGGUGGCGUUGUCUGGCCUCAGGACGCCUAUGGCACACUAGCACUUCCACGCGAAGAUGCCGUUGAGCGUGCUUCGACUGGCCCCCUCGUAACGGUCUUCGACGACGUAAUCUCAAAUGUGACCUAUGCUGGCACCUCUGGCCCACUCGGUCAACCUGGUACUUCGGCCCAUGCAACCUACUUUGAGGGCACAAACAAGCUUGUAUACAUCCGCGGCACAGAAGACGAAGAUGGUGAAUGGUGGAAGGGCAAGCGUGGCAACAUUGGCCAGGGCGGCGUUCUCGUCAAUGCUCAUUACGACUCAGUCUCCACCGGCUAUGGAGCCACUGACGACGGCAUGGGUUGUGUAAGCGUUCUUCAGAUGCUCAACUACUUCACUUCUCCUGGCCAGCAGCCCAAGCGUGGAAUCGUACUAUUGCUCAACAACGGCGAAGAGGAUGGCCUGUACGGAGCCAGAGCCUACCACUACAGCCCUCUCUACUACUUCACAACCUCAUUCGUGAAUCUCGAGGGUGCCGGCGCGGGAGGGCGAGCCAUCCUCUUCAGAACCACUGACUUGGAGGUAUCCAAGGCUUAUGCCAACGCUCCUCAUCCCUUUGGAUCCGUUGUUGCUGCAGACGGCUUCAAGCUUCGAGCGAUUAAGAGCGAAACGGACUACAAGGUGUGGGUCGAGAACUUUGGCCAGCGCGGCCUCGACAUCGCAUUCUACCGACCUAGAGCGCGGUACCACACUAACCAGGACGAUACCCGACAUGCCUCGCAAGAGAGCCUUUGGCACAUGCUUUCCAACGGCUUGGCUGCUGUUGAUUCGCUUCAGAAGACUUCGGGCUCCUUCACCGGUAAGCGCAAUGACGGAGACAAGAAGAAGGUUUCGAGCGGUUCCGGAACAGAGGGCGUUUGGUUCGAUAUGUUUGGCAAGGGAUUCGCCACUCUUGAGCUUCGUGGCCUCUUCGCGUGGACAUUGACCCUGCUCAUUGUGUCUCCCCUGAUUUUGGUCCUCGUCACCUACAUCCUGUCGAGGCAGGACAAGUACUACUUCUUCUCGAGGAAGGUCAAGAUAGACAUUGACGACGAAUCGGUCCCUCUUGGCGGUUGGAAGGGUUUCUUCCGUUUCCCCUUGGCCCUUAUUUUCUCGGGCGCGAUCACCGUCCUUUCUGCCCUCCUGGUUCGAAGACUGAACCCUGAGGUUGUUUCCAGCAGUCCUUAUGCAGUCUGGGCAAUGACUUUGUCUGUGUUCUUUCUCGUAUUCUGGACAAUCUCGCGCGGCGCCAACGCCGUCAGGCCGAGCGCUCUUCAACGCGGUUACGCCCACAUUUGGCUCUUCAUCUUGAGCUGGGCUAUCCUCGUUGCUGUUACGACCGCUGCCGACAGAUUCCAGAUUGCUUCGGGAUAUCUCUUUGCGUUCUUCCAUUCCGCCGUCUUUGUUGCGACGCUCAUCACUCUCUGCGACCUUUUCGCGCUCCCGAGCAAGCGAGCCUACGCAGAGACGGCUCACGACGAUCAGCAGUCUAGGGAUAAUAUAUCCGAGGUUCCCAACUCUGAUGCUUUGAUUUCUCCGAGUCCGCACGAGGAGGGCACCACUGAAGAGCCCACGGAAACAACGCCGCUUAGGAGUGGCGACAAUGGCAGUGGAAACAAUGGCACAAUACGCACGACAUUCGCAACAACCUACCGACGCUCGCUCUCUGCCAUCAUGUCCAACCCAGAUGACGACGACGAGGAGACUAAGGAAACAAGAGAGAAGCAACCCUAUGAGAAAGAACAACCGUGGUCAGCGAAGCUCCCAUCUUGGACCUGGUUCUUCCAACUCCUUCUGCUCGCUCCGAUCACCAUCAUCGUCUUCCUCCAAGUGGCUCUGUUCAUCACCUCGGCCAUGCAGUCCAUUGGCGCCGAUGGUGUGGACCCUUUGCUUCUCUAUACCGCGAUUGCCGUCUUCAGUAUCAUGAUUUCUUUGCCUCUUACUCCGUUCAUCCACAGGACGAGCUCCUACGUGCCGUUGGCCCUGUUGUUCAUUUUCCUCGUCAGUCUCAUCUACAACCUUGCCGCCUUCCCGUUCUCCGCGAACAACCGCUACAAGGUCAAGUUCAUUCAGCACUUGGACCUGGAUAAUGGAAACUCUUCAGUUUCGAUUCUCGGCCUGCAAAAGUACGCCCGCAAAAUGAUCAACGAGUUGCCAUCUGCGGCAGGCCGGGAAGUCAUAUGCACUCCAUCAGCUGGCUUGCUAUCUGAUUGUCGAUUUGAUGGAUCUGCAGUGUUGCCCAGACUGCCUGAGCUUAAGAGCACCUCGUCUUCCGGACUCGUGUCUUCAAAGGAUCCAUACGCACAUCUCGUGACUGUUAACAUCACUUACUCGAACUCGACCAAUGAGUAUGAGCUUUGCAUUAAUGCCCCAGAGUCAAAGCAGUGUGUUCUCAAUUUCGACGACGCUGUGACGUUUGACGUUCGGGAGGGCGCCGGUAUCGACUCCCUCUUCAGCACACCUACUGAAGGGGGCAUUAACGGCAUCACGCUUUGGCGGAGGGACUCGUCUAUCCCAUGGACGAUUGACGUCAAACCAGCUGCCAAGCCCUCGGCGGCUAAGCCCGCGGAGUCAGUUCACAAGGAGACUCCCAAGGAGCACGAGGAACUUCGGAUUCGCCGGGUUCGAAAGUCUACAGGAUUCAGCGGAACGAUCUCGUGCUCUUGGAGUGAUGCCAACGUUCGCGGGACAAUCCCUGCCUUGGACGAAGCUUUACAAUAUGCCCCUGACUGGAUCGCCGUCACAAAGCAAGACGUAGGCCUGGUCAAGGCAUACAAGCGCUUCAAGGCCUAA